AAAUUAAUUUGCAAUAAAGUUGCUAUGAAUUUGCAACUAACAAAAUGUGCAAUCAUGAAUCAUGUGCUCCACUUGCAGUAGCAGACGAUAACAGUACUACGCUGAUUGCAUUGAAUUAUUAUGUUUUGUGUUCAUAUUCACGUAUCUAAUGAGUCAAGUCAAGUCAAUACCCAAACAAAAAAUACAUUUGCUCCAACAUAGUUCUUCAAUACCUGAAACCCAUCUCUGAGUUUAUUGCUCUUAGCUUAAACAAAAAAUACCUUUGCUCAUUAUCUUCCAUUUUUCAUACUUGAAUUAAUCUCUUACUAUUUCUGUAAUAUUAAUUUUUCUUUCAGUUUUUUGCUAUUUAAUUCCCAUUCCUACUGCAAAAACAAAAAAAAAAAAAGCCAAAAACCAAAACUCAAAAAUAGUGAACAAAAGUUAUCUCAUAUAUAUAUUCGCUGCAUUUUUAAUUUCCUAUCAGUCUGUUCAUUUCAAAGAUCGGAGUUUCUUCAACAAGUGAUCAUUUAGUUUUUUUCAUUUCGAAGCCAAUUUGCAUCGGUCUUCACAAUCCAGCAGAUCAUUUAGUUUUUUCAUUUCAAAGCCAAUUUGCAUCGGUCUUCAUAAUCCAGCAGAUUUUGACUCAAGUCACAAGGAAGAGCAGAAGAAAAAAAAUCAAUGGAAAUUUUAAUUUCUAUUGUUGGAAAAAUAGCAGAAUAUACCGUUGUGCCUAUUGGACGUCAAACAAGUUACUUGAUAUUCUACAAAGGUAACUUCAAGACGUUAAAGGAUCAUGUUGAAGACCUUGAGGCUGCAAGAGAAAGAAUGAUCCAUUCAGUUGAAAGUGAAAGGGAAAAUGGUAAAGAAAUUGAAAAAGAUGUUCUGAAUUGGUUGGAGAAAGUGGAUGGGGUCAUUAAAGAGGCGAAUCAGCUUCAAAACGAUUCUCGCAAUGCAAAUGUUAGGUGCUCACCAUGGUCAUUCCCAAAUUUAAUUUUGCGUCAUCAACUAAGUAGGAAUGCCAGAAAAAUUGCAAAUAAUGUUGUUGAAGUUGUUCAAGGGAAAGAAAAGUUUAAUUCAGUUGGUCACUUUCCCCCUCUAGAUGUAGUAGCGUCCUCCUCAACAAGAGAUGGUGAAAAGUAUGACACAAGGGAGUCGCUUAAGGAGGACAUUGUGAAGGCUUUAGCAGAUCCUACUUCACGCAACAUUGGGGUCUAUGGGUUGGGUGGAGUGGGGAAGACCACUCUGGUGGAGAAAGUUGCUCAAAUAGCCAAGGAACUUAAAUUGUUCCAUAAAGUGGUUAAGACAGAAGUUUCUAAAAAUCCAGACAUUAAAAGAAUUCAAGGGGAGAUUGCCGAUUUCAUGGGUCUGCGAUUUGAAGAGGAGACUAUUCUUGGCAGAGCACAACGCCUAAGACAAACAAUCAAGAUGAAGAAAAGCAUCCUUAUCAUUCUAGAUAACAUAUGGACCAUACUUGAUUUGAAAGAAGUGGGGAUACCAGUUGGUGAUGAACAUAAUGGUGAUGAACAUAAUGGAUGCAAAUUGUUGAUGACAAGUAGAGAUGAAGAUGUGUUGCUUCAAAUGGAUGUCCCAAAGGAUUUCACUUUCAAAGUUAAACUUAUGCGUGAAAACGAGACAUGGAGUUUGUUUCAAUUUAUGGCAGGGGAUGUGGUUAAAGAUAGCAAUUUGAAAGAUCUACCAUUUCAAGUGGCCAGAAAAUGUGAAGGUUUGCCUCUUAGGGUAGUGACAGUAGCGCGUGCAAUGAAAAAUAAGAGGGAUGUUCAGUCUUGGAAAGAUGCAUUAAGGAAAUUACAAAGUAAUGAUCAUACAGAGAUGGACCCGGGAACUUAUUCUGCUUUGGAAUUGAGUUACAACUCAUUGGAGAGUGAUGAUAUGAGGGCUCUCUUCUUGCUUUUUGCAUUAUUCCUAGAUGAACAAAUAGAGUACUUUCUCAAAGUUGCAAUGGGGUUGGACAUAUUGAAGCAUCUUAAUGCCAUAGAUGAUGCAAGAAACAGACUUUACAGAAUAAUCAAAUCUUUGGAGGCGGCUUGUCUUUUGCUUGAAGUUAAAACAGGUGGAAAGAUCCAAAUGCAUGACUUUGUUCGUGAUUUUGCUAUCUCCAUAGCACGUAGGGACAAGCAUAUAUUUCUAAGAAAACAAUCUGAUGAGGAAUGGCCAACCAAUGAUUUUCUAAAAAGGUGCACACAGAUCUUUCUAAAAAGAUGUCAUACACUCGAGCUUCCUCAAACGAUUGAUUGUCCAAACGUUAAGCUUUUCUAUUUGGGCAGUAACAAUUCUUCUUUCAAAAUCCCUGAUGCUUUUUUUGAGGGUAUGAGAAGCCUUAGAGUGCUAGAUUUAACGCACUUGAACUUGUUAUCAUUACCCACAUCGUUUCGGUUAUUAAGAGACCUUCAAACAUUGUGUUUGCAUCAAUGCGUUUUGGAAAAUAUGGAUGCACUAGAAGCUUUGCAAAAUUUAGAAAUUCUUUGCCUUUGGAAAUCUUCAAUGAUCAAGUUGCCAAGAGAAAUAGGGAAAUUGAUUCGAUUGAGAAUGCUUGACUUGAGCCAUUCAGGAAUAGAAGUAGUCCCACCCAACAUCAUAUCAAGCUUGACUAAAUUGGAGGAGUUGUACAUGGGUAAUACCUCUAUUAAUUGGGAAGAUGUGAGUUCAACGGUUCAUAAUGAAAAUGCUAGUCUUGCCGAGCUUCGAAAACUACCCAACUUGACAGCUCUAGAAUUACAAAUUCGUGAGACUUGGAUGUUGCCAAGGGACUUGCAAUUGGUGUUUGAGAAGCUGGAAAGAUAUAAAAUAGCUAUUGGAGAUGUAUGGGAUUGGUCUGACAUCAAGGAUGGAACCUUAAAAACAUUGAUGCUCAAACUUGGUACAAACAUACAUUUGGAGCAUGGAAUUAAAGCAUUGAUUAAAGGUGUUGAGAAUUUGUAUUUGGAUGAUGUAGAUGGAAUUCAAAAUGUGCUUCCUAACCUAAAUAGAGAAGGAUUUACAUUGCUGAAACAUCUCCACGUCCAAAAUAAUACUAACUUGAAUCACAUUGUUGACAAUAAAGAGAGAAAUCAAAUCCAUGCAUCCUUUCCCAUCUUGGAAACACUAGUACUUCUUAAUCUUAGAAACUUGGAGCAUAUAUGUCAUGCUCAACCUUCGGUUGCUUCUUUUGGAAGUCUCAGUGUUAUCAAAGUAAAAAAUUGCAUCCAGUUAAAGUAUCUCUUCUCCUUUACAAUGGUUAAAGGACUUUCUCACCUUUGUAAGAUUGAAGUUUGUGAGUGCAAUUCUAUGAAGGAGAUAGUGUUCAGAGACAACAAUUCAAGUGCUAAUAUCAGUGAUGAAAAAAUCGAGUUUCUUCAAUUGCGUUCUUUGACUUUAGAACAUUUGGAGACACUUGAUAAUUUCGCCUCUGAUUAUUUGACACAUCAUAGAAGUAAGGAAAAGUAUCAAGGUCUAGAGCCUUAUGCUUAUACUACACCAUUUUUUAAUAAUGCUCAGGUUGCAUUUCCUAAUUUGGAUACCCUUAAAUUGAGCUCACUUCUCAAUUUGAAUCAAAUUUGGGAUGACAAUCAUCAAUCAAUGUGCAACUUGACUAGCUUGGUUGUGGAUAAUUGUGUUGGAUUGAAGUAUUUAUUUCCCUCUUCUUUGGUUGAAAGUUUUAUGAACCUCAAACACCUUGAAAUAAGUAACUGUCAUAUGAUGGAGGAGAUAAUAGCUAAAAAUGACGGAAACAAUGCACUGAAAGAGGUUCGUCUUUUAAAUUUAGAAAAAAUCAUAUUGAAGGAUAUGAACAACUUGAAGACAAUAUGGCAUCGCCAAUUUGAAAAAUUGAAGAUGUUGGAAGUGAACAAUUGUAAGAAAAUUGUGGUGGUUUUUCCUUCUUCAAUGCAAAACACAUAUAAUGAGCUUGAGAAGUUGGAGGUUACAAAUUGUGCUUUAGUUGAAGAGAUAUUUGAAUUGAAUUUGAAUGAAAAUAACAGUGAUGAGGUUACGACACAUUUGAAAGAAGUUACUAUAGAUGGACUGUUGAAGCUGAAAAAGAUAUGGAGUGGAGAUCCUGAAGGAAUUCUUAGUUUUCAAAAUCUAAUAUAUGUACAACUAGAAAGUUGUGCAAGCUUGGAGUAUCUAUUACCAUUCUCCGUAGCCACUCGUUGCUCACAUCUCAAGGAACUUGUUAUAAAAUGGUGUGAAAACAUUAAGGAAAUUGUUGCAGAGGAGAAAGAAUCUAGCUUGAGUGCAGCUACCAUAUUUGAGUUUAAUCAACUGAGUACUUUAUUGCUUUGGAACUUAACUAAACUCAAUGGUUUCUAUGCUGGAAAUCAUACUCUAGCAUGCCCAUCUUUGAGAAAAAUCAAUGUCUCUAGAUGUACAAAGUUGAAAUUGUUCAGAACACUAUCUACAAGAAGCUCCAAUUUUCGAGAUGACAAACCCUCUGUUUUAACGCAACCACCACUUUUCAUUGCCGAAGAGGUGAUUCCAAACUUGGAGCUGUUGAGGAUGGUACAGGCGGAUGCUGACAUGAUAUUGCAAACCCAAAACUCAAGUUCCCUCUUUUGCAAAAUGACCCAUCUUGGAUUGGCUAGCUAUAACACCGAAGAUGCUAGAUUUCCUUAUUGGUUUCUUGAAAAUGUGCAUACUCUUGAGAAACUACGUGUUGAGUGGUGUUGCUUCAAGAAGAUAUUCCAAGAUAAAGGAGAAAUAAGUGAGAGGACUCAUACACAAAUCAAAACACUAAUGUUAUAUAAAUUACCUAAACUUCAACAUAUAUGUGAUGAAGGAUCUCAAAUUGACCCAGUUCUUGAGUUCCUUGAAUACUUAAGGGUUCGUAGUUGUUCUAGUUUGACAAAUUUGAUGCCUUCCUCCGCCACCCUUAAUCAUCUCACAAAGUUAGAGGUAAUAAAAUGCAAUGGGCUAAAAUAUUUGAUCACAACUCCUACUGCACAAAGUUUAGACAAGCUCACUGUGCUGAAGAUAAAAGAUUGUAAUUCACUUGAAGAAGUAGUUAAUGGAGUAGAAAAUGUUGACAUUGCUUUUAUUAGUUUACAAAUUUUGAAUUUGGAAUGUUUGCCAAGUCUCAUCAAGUUUUCCUCUAGUAAGUGUUUCAUGAAGUUUCCAUUAUUGGAGGAAGUAAUUGUGAGGGAAUGUCCUCAAAUGAAGAUUUUUUCAGAGGGAAACACAAGUACACCAAUUCUUCAAAAAGUUAAAAUUGCAGAAAAUAAUUCAGAAUGGCUUUGGAAGGGAAAUCUAAACAAUACAAUAUACAACAUGUUUGAAAAUAAGGUUGCAUUUGGUAAACUCAAGUACUUAGCCUUAUCUGACUAUCCUGAGCUAAAGGAUGUGUGGUAUGGCCAACUUCAUUGCAAUGUGUUCUGCAGUUUGAAACAUCUUGUCGUGGAAAGGUGUGAUUUUUUAUCACAUGUACUUUUUUCAUCAAAUGUAAUGCAAUUGCUACAGACAUUGGAAGAACUAGAAGUUAAAGAUUGUGAUUCAUUAGAAGCAGUGUUUGAUGUAAAAGGUAUGAAGUCACAAGAAAUAUUGAUAAAAGAAAGCACUCAAUUGAAAAGAUUGAGUUUGUCUACUUUACCCAAAUUGAAGCACAUAUGGAAUGAGGAUCCUCAUGAAAUUAUCAGCUUUGUAAACUUACACAAGGUGGAUGUUUCUUUGUGUCAAAGCUUGUUAUAUGUCUUUCCAUAUUCACUAUGCCCAGAUCUUGGACAUCUUGAAAUGCUUGAGAUAAGUUCUUGCGGAGUCAAGGAAAUUGUUGCAAUGGAAGAAACUGUAUCAAUGGAAAUUCAAUUUAAUUUCCCCCAAUUGAAAAUCAUGACACUGCGUCAUUUGUCAAAUCUCAAGAGUUUCUAUCAAGGAAAGCAUACUUUAGAUUGCCCUUUAUUGAAGACUUUUAAUGUAUAUCGUUGUGAAGCAUUAAGAAUGUUUUCUUUCAACAAUUCAGACUUGCAACAACCUUACUCGGUUGAUCAAAACCAGGGCAUGCUAUUCCAACAACCCCUGUUUUGUAUUGAAAAGUUGAGCCCCAACCUGGAGGAAUUGGCAGUAAGUGGCACGGAUAUGUUGGGGAUAUUGAAUGGUUGUUAUCAAGAAAAUAUAUUUCAUAAAGUUGAAUUUCUUCGUUUGCAACUGUUUGAUGAAACUCCUACUAUUUUUAUGAAUGACUUACACAUAAUAUUUCCUAAUCUUCAAGAAUUUCAAGUCCGUAAUAGUUCCUUUGAAAUAUUGUUCCCCACUAAAGGAGCCACUGAUCAUCUCAAUAUGCAAAUUUCAAAGCAAAUGAGAAUGUUGAUGCUUUUUGAAUUGGAAAAGCUCGAGCACAUCUGGCAGGAAGAAUUUCCAUUGGAUCAUCCUCUUCUACAACAUCUUCAAGAAUUAUUUGUAUUGAAUUGUCCAAGUUUGAUAAGCUUGGUACCACCGUUCGCAUCUUUCACAAAUUUAACCUAUUUGAAAGUGGACAAUUGCAAAGAGUUGGUCUAUUUGAUAACAUAUUCAACAGCUAAAAGCCUAGUUCAACUCAAAACAUUAAUAAUAGAGAAUUGUGAGAAGAUGUUGGAUGCUGUGAAGAUUGAUGAAGAAAAAGGAGAGGAGGACAUCAUAUUUGAAAACUUGGAAUACUUGGAACUUGCUUCUUUGUCAAGUUUGAGAAGCUUCUGCUAUGGGAAACAAGCAUUCAUAUUCCCAUAUUUGCUUUGUUUCAUCGUUAAAGGAUGCCCUCAAAUGAAGAUCUUCUCAUCUGCACUCACAGUAGCACCGUGCCUCACAUCAAUUGAGGUGGAAAAAGAAAAUAUGCGAUGGAAAGGUGAUCUUAACACAACUAUUGAACAAAUGUUCAAAGAAAAGGAAGUCCCACAUUCUAAUUAAUAUGUUGAAUGAUGAGACCAUCAUCAUCUAUCCUCACAUUUGCAAGGCGCAAAAAACAUGUGAGACGUAGUGCCAAGGAGCUAUUUAUAUUGGCGUUUGGAAGACUUUGUUUUAUUUUCUAUUUAUGUUGUUAUUUGAUUGGCUUGCAUGUCAAGUACCUUGUAUUGUAAUUUUACUCUCAUUGCUCUGUUAGGUGGCGUCGAGAGAUUCUUUUACUAUGUUACCUAUUUGUUUAAUUGUCAAAUUUAAAGCAGUGUUUCUACGUGUUUGAUGGAUCACUCUUUUUAUUUUGAAAAAUUGAACAUUUCUCUUUGGACAAAUGGCAUGCAUGCUAUGUCCUAAGCCCAUGUAAUGGUGUCUUAUGAAAUCUUCUUUAGAAGUUUCUAUUCGAGAUA